UACCGCCGCACUUUGACUUCCCAGCUCUGACAUAGCGUCACCGGUGAAACCAGAAGACGCACUCCAGUCCGCACCCACACAGAGAGAAGAUGUCCGAGCCCAACAAGUACCGUGAGUGGAUCCUGGAAACUAUCGACUCCCUCCGCUUGAGGAAAGCCCGUCCGGAUCUGGAAAGGAUUUGUCGAAUGGUUCGGAGGCGCUACGGGUCUGACCCAAACCGAACCAGGACGGAGCUGGAAAAACUCAUCCAGGAGCAGACGGUGCUCAAAGUUAGCUACAAGGGAUCCAUCUCCUACCGAAACGCGGCUAAGGUGCAGAGGAAAUGCAGAAAGAGGAGCGACUUGGACCGAGGCGCAGAUGCGGCGCGGAACAAACCCGAUCAUCCGAACAACAACGGCGACAGCGCGCACAGCUUCACCGACCCGGAGGAGGAGCCGCCGGAUCCCCGCGGCGGAACAUCCACCAGCAGCCGCAACAAAAAGCUCCAGCCUUCCUGCUGCUUCAGCGGUGGCGCAACAACGAGCUGCGCUGUCGGGAGCGGCUGCGAGGAGGAGAAAGCAAGUGCACCGAGAGAGGAGGGAUUAGGACGGCCGGGAGCGGGGGGCUGCCCCGGAGCAGACACUGUGGAGGACGGGGGGAAGAAGUCCGAUCUGUCCGGAGCUGAGACUUGCUCCGACAGCCGAGCUCAGACCCAGAGGCAGACCGAGUCCAAACUUCCACUCACAGGAGGGAGCAACAAAGCAGCGCACCGCCACGCCAACUCAGAGCUGCGCGACAAACUGACGGCUCUGUCCGAGAGAAGCCACCGAGGAGGAGCAGGAGGAGCAGGGGGCUCCUCCGCCGCGACCAGAGGCCACGUGAAGCCGCUGGGCUUAAAGGAGAUCCUGGGCUACCUGAGCAGCCAGGAGCAGCUGUCGGAGGAAAAACUGACCCGAGGCAAAGUCAAAGCGGUGAUGGAGAGAGAGGUGGAGAGGGGCAGGCUGCGCAGGACGCGCUGCGGGAAUAUCACUCUCCCUCUGCGGGGGAUUGAGAAUCCGCCCGCUGACAGACUUGUUGGGAGAAGCGCACUGCAGGACGAGCGCGCAGCGGCGAAGACUCCACCUCCAGCCACUCUGGAGGACGAGGCCAUGGAAACCUGUGAGAAGGAAGAGGAGGAACAGGGAGGACAUGAGGAAGAGAAAGAGGAUGAUGAUGAUGAUGAUCCCAGGAGUUCUGAUGAGGAUGGAGGACUUUCCCCGGUAGCCAUGACAACCGAAGCUGGACUUGCUGAGAACAACAGAGAAGAUGUGGGCUUUGAGAGAGAGCUGAAGGAGGAGAGCCCCCAGCAGCAGAGGCAGGAUGGAGAAGCUGCUUGCUCCUCAGCGAUGUCUGAGCUUGACCUUCCUCUAGAGACCCAGUCUCCACCUCCUGACGGAGCCUCCUGGUCUGAGUGUAACGGCGCACACCCGGAGGAGGCAGCUUUCACUUCCGAUCAUUUAAGUUAUACACAGCGUGAUGAAAUAAACCUCACCGCCUCAAGCUUCAGCAACGUGGAGUAUAAAACAGAGGUUGGUGCUUCGUCCUGCAUGCUCACACCAACUGCCUCUCCCAGGGACUCCAGCCUCCCUGAAGAGCAAGGUAUAAACCACAGCAGUGGAGGGCAUUUGAAUUUGGACAGCACCAGAGUAAGCCCUGUAUUCUGGACCGUGUCUGAUGUGGUCAGUUACAUCACAGCUGUGGGUUUCCCUGAGCAGGCAGCUGCCUUCAGGACCCAGGAAAUUGAUGGGAAGGCUCUCCUCCUGAUGCAGCGCAACGAUGUCCUUACUGGGCUGUCAAUCAAACUUGGACCUGCCCUCAAGAUCUACGAGCGCCACAUAAAGGUUCUGCAGAAAACACACUUUGAGGACGAUUUCUGCUAACAACAUGCAGCAAAUAGACUCAGACUGUUCUCUUACUAUCUAAAUAUACAGCUAAAGUAGUAUACAAAUGCAUGCAUGAUAGAAGGUAGGAUUAGUUUUUCUGCUAGUGAGGAAGUCAACAGUCAGACUCAGUUCAUGUUGGAGUCUCUGCUGCCUGUUUGGUCUGUAUGGAAAUGUGGCUGGAUUUUAUAGUAGGAUUUUUCUACUGAACGAAGCACAAACGACAGCCAACAAAAAGUAGAAUUUUAGAACAUUUUCAUAUGUAAAGAUUCAAUACAAAUGUUUACUUUCUUGAUGCACUUUUCCUUUUUUAUAUUAACUGAUCUGCGUAAGCCUGUGAUUUUUGUUGUAUCUAAUGCACAUGGUGUCAGAACUCAUGUUUUGGUUAAAUGAUAGGUCUGUGGUGUGAGAACCUCACACUUGUAGGUCAGCUUAUUGUUUGUAUAGUGGACAAAUUUUUUUUAUA